GCACCAUGAACUACCAGCAGCAGCUGGCCAACUCGGCAGCCAUCCGAGCCGAGAUCCAGCGCUUCGAGUCCGUGCACCCCAACAUCUACUCCAUCUACGAGCUGCUGGAGCGCGUGGAGGAGCCCGUGCUGCAGAAUCAGAUCCGCGAACAUGUCAUCGCUAUCGAAGAUGCCUUUGUAAAUAGCCAGGAAUGGACACUAAGCCGAUCUGUACCGGAGCUCAAAGUGGGGAUUGUGGGUAACCUAGCAAGUGGCAAGUCUGCACUUGUACACCGGUAUCUGACUGGCACAUAUGUCCAGGAGGAGUCGCCUGAAGAUAUGGAUGCAGGUGGGAGAUUCAAGAAAGAGAUAGUAGUUGAUGGACAAAGCUAUCUGCUGCUGAUUAGAGAUGAAGGGGGCCCUCCAGAGGCACAGUUUGCCAUGUGGGUGGAUGCUGUUAUAUUUGUCUUCAGCUUGGAAGAUGAAGUUAGCUUCCAGACUGUUUACCACUACUACAGCCGUAUGGCUAACUAUCGUAACACUAGUGAAAUCCCAAUGGUACUAGUGGGAACCCAGGAUGCUAUAAGUUCUAGCAAUCCACGUGUCAUAGAUGAUGCCAGGGCGAGGAAGUUAUCCAAUGAUCUCAAGAGAUGCACUUACUAUGAAACCUGUGCUACUUACGGACUCAACGUGGAGAGAGUCUUCCAAGAUGUUGCCCAGAAGAUCGUUGCAACAAGGAAGAAACAGCAGCUCUCGAUUGGACCUUGCAAGUCUUUACCAAACUCUCCAAGUCACUCGUCUGUGUGUUCUGCCCAGGUUUCUGCUGUACAUAUCAGCCAGACCAGUAAUGGAGGAGGGAGUUUAAGUGAUUAUUCCUCCUCUGUCCCAUCAACUCCAAGCACCAGCCAGAAGGAGCUACGGAUUGAUGUUCCUCCCACUGCCAACACACCAACACCUGUCCGUAAACAGUCCAAGCGCCGAUCCAACCUUUUCACGUCUCGGAAAGGGAGUGACCCAGACAAAGAGAAGAAGGUCCUGGAGAGCAGAACAGAUAGCAUUGGAAGCGGUCGUGCAAUCCCAAUUAAACAGGGUAUGCUGCUAAAACGAAGUGGCAAGUCAUUGAAUAAAGAAUGGAAGAAGAAAUACGUUACGCUGUGCGACAACGGUGUAUUGACCUAUCAUCCUAGUUUACACGACUAUAUGCAGAAUGUUCAUGGGAAAGAAAUCGACUUGCUGAGAACCACUGUGAAAGUCCCGGGAAAGAGGCCGCCUCGAGCUACAUCAGCUUGUGCACCCAUUUCUAGUCCCAAAACGAACGGCCUCUCAAAGGACAUGAGCAGUUUACACAUCUCGCCGAAUUCAGGGAACGUGACUACUAGCACAUCUGUGUCUCAGAUGGCCAGUGGGAUCAGUCUAGUCUCCUUCAACAGUCGUCCGGAUGGUAUGCAUCAGCGCUCUUACUCAGUCUCCAGUGCAGAUCAGUGGAGUGAGGCAACAGUCAUUGCAAACUCUGGCAUUAACAGUGAUACCGGGUUAGGAGAGUCUGUGUGUUCAAGCCCAAGUAUAUCCAGUACAACCAGCCCCAAACUUGAUCCACCUCCUUCACCUCAUGCCAACAGAAAGAAACAUCGCAGGAAGAAAAGCACUAGUAAUUUCAAAGCUGAUGGUAUCUCGGGCACAGCUGAAGCCAAACGCAAAGCGUGGAAACUAAACCGUGUUGGUAGCCUGCGAAAUAUAUACAGCAGCAGCAGCACCAACACCGAAGAACAAGAAGAAAACUUUGAGUUUAUCAUUGUCUCUCUCACCGGCCAGACUUGGCACUUUGAAGCUACCACGUAUGAGGAAAGAGAUGCGUGGGUACAAGCCAUAGAGAGUCAGAUCUUGGCCAGUUUACAGUCGUGUGAGAGCAGCAAGAACAAGUCCCGACUGACAAGUCAGAACGAGGCCAUGGCCCUUCAGUCGAUAAGAAACACCAGAGGCAACUCUCACUGCGUGGACUGCGAGGCACAGAAUCCUGACUGGGCCAGCUUGAAUCUGGGCGCUCUCAUGUGUAUCGAAUGCUCAGGUAUACACCGAAACCUCGGCACGCACCUCUCCCGGGUCCGCUCCCUGGACCUGGACGAUUGGCCUAUAGAGCUCAUCAAGGUCAUGUCAUCAAUUGGGAAUGAGCUGGCAAACAGCGUCUGGGAGGAGAGCAGCCAAGGCCAUAUGAAACCUUCAUCAGACUCCACAAGGGAAGAAAAAGAGCGCUGGAUACGUGCGAAAUACGAGCAGAAGCUCUUCCUUGCCCCGCUGCAGUGCCUGGAGCUCUCCCUGGGCCAACAUCUCCUGAGGGCUACAGCCGAGGAGGAUUUGCGGACGGUCAUCCUGCUCCUCGCCCACGGCACGCGGGAAGAAGUGAAUGAGACCUGUGGGGACGGCGACGGGCGCACUGCCCUCCACUUGGCGUGCAGGAAAGGAAACGUGGUGUUGGUGCAGCUCCUAAUUUGGUAUGGCGUUGAUGUGAUGGCACGCGAUGCCCACGGCAACACGGCAUUGGCCUACGCCAGGCAGGCCUUGAGCCAGGAGUGCAUUGACGUUCUCCUCCAGUACGGCUGCCCUGACGAGCGCUUUGUCCUUAUGGCGACUCCUAAUUUGUCCCGGAAGAACAAUAACCGAAACAACAGCAGCGGAAGAAUGCCCACCAUCAUCUGAGGAACGUACUCGUGUAUUCGCUGACCUGAAUCACACCUGCAGCCUCGUUUUCCUCCAUUUCCAUCACAGCUCUGCUCUGUGAGUCUGCACACUUUCCUUUUCCCUUUUCCCUUCGGUCCAUCCAGAAACAUCGCCUCUGGAUAGUGCGAGGGGAUGAGAAGGAGCAAAAGGGGCUGCCGAGAAAGCAUUUGUUUGCGCGAACGCUCCCGAAUGAUGAACACGGCAAAACAGAAGUGCAGGAGAGAGGGUGCGUGCGUUCCCUGGGACGUAGCACGGGACCGUUGAGGCGGCGAGCUCGAGGCACCGGCUCUACAAGUGGGGCAGGAAGGGGUGGAGGGAGCGGCGAGCAGAAGCAAGAGGAGAAGAAAGAAGAAGCGGCAACUUUCCGUAACUGACAGUUAAGCACAUCAGUACGUUUCACCUCUACCAAACGGAGCGCUUGGAUUUCAUUCUCUUCUCUGAAGAGCUUGACGGCAUAAAUCAGAAGCAAGCACAGAGUUUGUCAGGUUUGAAGCUCCUAUGAUGGUAUGUGUCAAAUCAGUUGUAGCUAAUCUGUCCAGGGAGAAUACUGGCUUCAUUACACUUGUAUAGUUGAGUUCUUCCAGCAUUACCGCUGUUUAAUAGAACAUGAUUAGUCAUCACGGAGAAAAAAGCAUAUUAGCUGAGGAGGUAGUUACAUGGCACGCUUCGGUGAUUGCUUGGAUGUGAUUGCAAUAUUCUUAGAAGCAUCAUAUUAUCUCAGACAUGUUCUUUCAAGCCCUUGGAGCCCUCCUUUCUAAAUUCACUGUCAUAAUUUAGUAUCUGUUUAAUUUUUCAGUCCAAAGAGAGGAAAUGAGUUGCUGAGUGUUAUUUGACUGCAGUCUCCUUGGUGUAAAAACAAAAUGGAAAAAAUAAAUAAGAGUAACUAUGAAACACAAAAAGGAA